AAAAUCUACAAGACCACGAUACAAGUAGGUAUGGUGGACUACCACAUUUUCACUUCUCUUUCACUUUCCCCUCUCUCUCCCCCCUCUCUUCCUUUCCCCCACCGCAGAGAGCCUGGCGCGCGGAGACGGCGACGGCGCCGGACCAAGCAGUGGUGGAGCGACGGCGGGGCGACAGCGCCGAGCGGCGGGAUGCGCUCGCCGGCGCACCACCCCCUCCUCUCCCCCCCGAGCGGCGGGGCUGCUCGGAGCAGCAGGGCGGCGGCGGCAUGUCGGCGGCGGGCAGACGACUUGGAGCGGGAGACGGCGACGGGCGGAUGCGAGGCGGCGGUCGGCGCCCUCCUCCCCUGGAGUUCGGCUGCUUCGCCCCCUCUCCUCUCUCCUCUAGCGGUGGUGUGGGUCCCACUGAGCUGAGGAGGGCGCGCGGUUGGACGACGAGGCAAAGGAAUACUAGUCUUCGCUUUUUUGGGUUGAGGCUGAAUGCCACGUCGGCCCAUUGUGAAUGCCCUUUAACAAAACAAGGGUUUAUGGCUAUGGGAUCUGGCUGAGGCAUUGACCUACCUUGGUCCUUGGCAGAGAGAGAGAGAGACUCCCCCUCACUCCUUCCCCGACGACCUGCUCGAUCCGAUCCAAUCCGCUCCUCUCCAGUCCAGAUCGGAAGGAAGCCAGGAAUGGGGCACCCCCACCCCCACCCUUACGCGCCGGCGGAGCUUCACCUCCCGGGCUUCGUGCCUCUCCAACUGUCCCAGGCCCAAAUCCUCGUGCCCUACCUCGCCACCUCCCUCUUCCUCCUCCUCGCCGUCUGGCUCAUCUCCGGGAGAUGCAGUCGUAGGCUUUCCGACACCGACCGCUGGCUCAUGUGCUGGUGGGCCUUCACCGGCCUCACCCACAUUAUCAUCGAGGGAACCUUUGUCUUUGCUCCUAAUUUCUUCUCCAACCAAAACCCUUCUUACUUCGAUGAAGUUUGGAAAGAGUACAGCAAAGGUGACUCCAGAUAUGUCGCCAGAGACCCUGCUACUGUUACAGUUGAAGGAAUUACAGCUGUCUUGGAAGGCCCUGCUUCACUCCUUGCUGUCUAUGCCAUCGCAUCGGGCAAGUCCUACAGCCAUAUCCUCCAGUUCACUGUCUGUCUUGGUCAGCUCUAUGGAUGCCUGGUGUACUUUAUUACAGCCUACUUGGAUGGCUUCAACUUCUGGACUAGCCCGUUCUACUUCUGGGCUUAUUUCAUUGGUGCAAACAGCUCGUGGGUUGUUAUACCAACUAUGAUCGCCAUAAGGAGCUGGAAGAAGAUUUGUGCAGCAUUUCAAGGUGAAAAGGUGAAGACUAAAUAGGCAAAGGGUGCACCUUAGUCACAGUUUGGUUGGAAAUUAAUAGACAUUUGUGCUAUGAACAACAUCAUUGUUCCUGCAAUUGAAACCCUUGUGUUACUGAAAAAUUGCAUUGUACCCUUGGAGGGAACAUCAGUGUUAAUUGGAUGUGACUUUAUGCAGCUAUUAUGUAUUGCUGCAAAAGAAAUUGGGUUUUGUUUAUCCUCUAUCAUUCAAGCUCGCUCUUCUUUACCCUUGAAGAAAUAAAAGGGCAGGGAGUUGCCAUUUUGAAAA